CUGACGAGGCAGAGAAGAGUCUCUCCAGUUCAGAACACCAGAUGGACAACGCUAGCCCUUCCUCCCUCCCGGAGUCCCUGUAUCGUACCUCUCCCGGUAGCACCUUACUGCUGGGUAUGAAGAGGUUGUCUGUGCUGCUGGUGGACUGCAGGAAAACAACGGGGCUGAGUGGAACUGUGAGAGGAGGAGAAGAGAAGAAAGGAUCAGAUUUGACACAUCAAAGAGGAAAACCAAACUUGGAGAAACCAGAAACGUCCAAACCAGCAAGACAACACCUCUGCUCCCACUGUGGAAAGAGUUUUAACCAGUUCGUUAGCAUGAGAAGACAUGAGAGAAUACACACAGGGGAGAAGCCACACCAUUGCACACAGUGUGGAAAGAGUUUUAACCAGUUAGGAAACAUGAAAUCUCACGAACGAAUACACACAGGGGAGAAGCCUUUCCAUUGCUCCCAGUGUGGAAAGAGUUUUGGAGAGUCAGGAAACCUGAAUGCUCACGAGCGAAUGCACACAGGGGAGAAGCCUUACCACUGCUCCCACUGCGGAAAGCGUUUUAACCAUUCAGGAAAGCUGAAAGAACACAUGAGACUGCACACAGAGGAGAACCCUUACAAAUGCUCAGACUGUGGGAAGACAUAUUACUCAUCAUGGUCACUUAAACGUCAUGUGAGAAUCCACACGGGAGAAUAAUUACUUCUCUUAGUGGGUAGGUUUUUCACAUCACGUUGACUUAAAAUUCAUCAGAGAACAUACACAGUGGUCCCGUUGUCUUAUAUUGUUGACUGAGAAUGUGUUUACCUGUUUAUACCAUAUGAAAUUAAAUGGUACAGGGUAUACUCAAACGUAAAUUUGUGUGUUUUUAUUAGAAAACAUGAAUUGAGUAUGUAAGUUUGAAUAUAGAGUAAUAUAUUAUUUUUUAAACUCUGACUAUGUGUGUGUUUAUCUGUGUGUGUCAUUCCUCCAGCACUACAGAUAAUCAAGUGAUAUUUGGAUGUGAUGCAUUUGUUCCAUUGUUGACAUUUGCAUUGUAGCCCACUGAUGAUUUAAUGACAUGAAAAUGUUCAGACUCUGUAAUGGAAAAACUGUCCUAUUAUAAUCUCCUGUUCUUGGGAGUUUCAUCCUGUGUUGCAAACCAAUUUGCACCUGCGUCCUUGUAUGAAUAAAGUCCCGCCCAGGAACAGGAAACUAUAAAGAUAUGUGCUAAUCACCCAAUGCUUCAGGAAAUCAGACUGUCUACACUGCACUGUGUAACUCUGUUAUUCUCUCUGAGCUCAGAAAUAAAGAAUCUUGGUUUGA